GAUCGUGAGGCGAUGAAUUUUCGUGUGUUCCCCAUAUAUUAAAAAUCUGUAAAUGUCAUAUUUCACUCAAAACUCUCUUCUCUCUUUCCUAGGUUACCCCGUUUCACUUCAGACAUUUCUUCCUCUCUCCGCUCCCUCACUUCAUUUUACGAUGGAUUGGCAAGGGCAAAAGUUAGCGGAGCAGAUAAUGCAGAUAAUGCUGUUGGUGUUUGCAGUGACUGCAUUCGUUGCCGGUUAUGUAUUGGGAUCGUUUCAGAUGAUGGUUCUCGUAUAUGCCGGUGGUGUGACACUCACUGGAUUGAUUACAAUUCCAAAUUGGCCUUUCUUCAACCGCCAUCCACUCAAUUGGUUGGAUCCCAGCGAAGCUGAGAAGCAUCCCAAGCCACAAGUGACUGUGAGUUCGAAAAAGAAAGGCUUCAAGAAGUAAGGUCAUUCAAAUUGAUCUUAGCAUCGUUAGAGGUUUCUAGGGGACUGAAUCGAUGUUUUCUUCUUUUAUGUGCUUCGAUGGAUACUAUAGUCGACCUGAUUUUCCUGAAAUUUUUUUGAACCGUGAAACAAUUAAUUGAAGAGUAACCUUCUUAGGCAUUAA